CGCGCACGGCCCGGGCUGCUGUUGCUAUGAUGCAAUGGCGACUGCGCCGUGGGAAGCGAGUGAGGAGUUGAAUGAGUUCCCUUUACAGUUGAAGAGAAGCAGCCGCCGACAGCCAGGACACCGUCAAUGCGUAGGGACAGACAGCAGGCAGGGAGACACUGGCAGGGCCCUGUCCUACCACAUUACAUGGAAACACACAGCCAGAUAUGUCUGCUAGCCUCACAGCUAGCCGUGUCAUGACGGUUGGAGAGAUUUCUCACACAUCUGUACGACGUUGCAGCGAGACGAGCACCAACACCCUAUUUGCCCUCCUUAGCCGAUACCAAGUGAGGAGUGGCUGUUGUUUUUCUUUUCUUUUUUAAAUUUAUGUUCGCAUUGUCCUCCUCACCGGCGACUCAGUGGACGUAUUCGUGCUUCUUACCAUGGCUGAGAGAACCUCAACCGGGUUGCUAACGAUGAUGUUGGAGCCCACGCCGGCUGUCGCCAUGACCCUGCCGGCGGAGGUCCGGGAGAAGCUGGCGGAGCUGGAGCUGGAGCUCUCUGAAGGGGACAUCACUCAGAAGGGCUAUGAGAAGAAAAGAGGCAAGCUGUUGGCACCGUACAUCCCACAGAUACAAGGUGUAGAUCCUUCACUGCAAAUUGACAACAGAAUCCAGGCCUCUUCCCAAGCUGUUCUUCCAGGUUCCAAACACAACAAGUCCCGGGCGGCCAACACCCGGGAUGAACGCUUCAGAUCUGAUUUGCACACAGAAGCCGUCCAAGCAGCUUUGGCAAAGUACAAGGAAAGGAAGAUGCCAAUGCCCUCCAAGAGACGAUCUGUGUUAGUUCAAUCUUCUGUUGAGGCAUGCACCCCGCCAGACACCUCCUCAGCGUCGGAAGACGAGGGCUCGCUGCGCCGGCAGGGACGUCUGGCCACCUCCACGCCCUACCAGGGCCACGGCCACCUAGCCGUUGAGCACUGGUUUAACCGUGUCAUCCAGGGUUCGUCCACCUCAUCCUCCGCGUCAUCCACCUCAUCCCACCCGGGAGGGAGAUCUGUCACCACCACCAACACCACUGCCCACGCAGCCCUCAACGCCAACGCCGCAGCUACCGCACUGGCCGACCUUAUGGCACACACCCAGCUAGAUAACCACUCAGCGCCCCCCGAUGUGACGGGGCUGUCGGAACGCUCCUCGCUUCAUGCGGAGCGGCCCCAGGUGGCCUCGGUGCGAGGCGUUUCCCGGGGCUACAUUCAUCACACCAGCGUCAUGGAGACUGCAGAUGGCUGUGAGUGGAGAAGUGAAGGAUCCCUCAGUUUAAUGGAUGGUGUACCAGUCAACAGUCGCGUCUCCUCCAAAAUCCAGCAGCUGCUCAACACUCUGAAGAGACCAAAGCGACCGCCAUUACGAGAGUUCUUUGUGGAUGACUUUGAGGAGCUUUUGGAUGUCCAGCAGAUAGAUCCCAACCAGCCAAAGCCAGAAGGCCAGCACACAAGUCCCUUGGAAGGAGAGCCUCUUGGGGUGGUCAACAACUGGCCUCCCUCCUUGCCAGCAGCCUUACAACGAUGGGGCGCCACUCAGCCCAAGAGCCCCUGUCUGACGGCACUCGACAAUGCUGGCAAGCCUGUCUACACACUCACCUAUGGUAAACUAUGGACCCGUAGUCAGAAACUGGCAUACACUCUUCUUAACAAGCUGAGCACCAGAAAUGAGCCUUUGCUCAUGCCCGGAGACAGAGUUGCACUUGUUUUCCCCAACAACGACCCAGUGAUGUUCAUGGUGGCCUUCUACGGCUGUCUCCUGGCAGAGCUGGUACCUGUGCCCAUUGAAGUGCCGCUUACCAGAAAGGAUGCAGGAAGUCAACAGAUUGGCUUUCUGUUGGGCAGCUGUGGUGUCACAUUGGCACUAACCACUGAUGCUUGUCAGAAAGGCUUGCCCAAAGCACAAACGGGGGAGGUAGCCACUUUCAAAGGCUGGCCGCGGUUGCUGUGGUUUGUGACAGAUGGAAAACAUGUUGUGAAGCCUCCGAAAGACUGGCAUCCUCCAAUACGGGAAGCCAGUAAUGACAUAGCCUACAUAGAGUAUAAAACCAGCAAGGAGGGCAGCACCAUGGGGAUCACAGUGUCCCAUUCAGCCAUGCUGGCUCACUGUCACGCCCUUACACAGGCCUGCGGCUACACUGAAGCUGAGACCAUAACCAACGUCCUGGACUUCAAGAGAGAAGCAGGAUUAUGGCAUGGUGUUCUUACUAGUGUCAUGAAUCGGAUGCACGUGAUUAGCAUUCCUUACUCCCUGAUGAAAGUCAACCCCCUCUCCUGGAUACAGAAGGUGCACACAUACAAAGCGCGGGUUGCAGUGGUGAAGUCGAGGGACAUGCACUGGUCUCUGCUGGCCCAGAGAGACCAGAGAGACGUCAGCCUGAGCUCGCUGCGCAUGCUCAUCGUAGCCGACGGAGCUAACCCCUGGUCAAUAUCCUCCUGCGACGCCUUCCUUAACGUGUUUCAGGCACGUGGGCUGCGACCUGAGGUGAUCUGUCCAUGUGCCAGCUCUUCAGAAGCCAUGACUGUCGCCAUCCGCAGACCUCCAGAAUUGGGUGUUCCUCCUCCUGGGAAGGCGGUGCUGUCUAUGGGUGGGCUGAGCCACAGCGUGAUCCGUGUGGACACAGAGGAGAAACUCUCCGUCCUCACAGUGCAGGAUGUGGGACAGGUCAUGCCUGGAGCUCUGGUUUGUGUGGUGCGGGUGGAGGGGACACCCUAUCUCUGUCAGACAGACGAGGUUGGAGAGAUCUGCGUCAACUCAGGUAGCACGGGUGUAGCUUACUACGGCCUCCCGGGCAUGACCAAGAACAUCUUCGAGACCAUUCCAGUAACAUCAUCUGGGAUUCCCGUCAGCGACAGACCAUUUACCAGGACCUCACUGCUGGGCUUUGUGGGGCCCGACAGCCUUGUGUUUGUUGUGGGGAAGAUGGAUGGGCUGAUGGUGGUCAGUGGGCGGAGACACAAUGCAGAUGAUGUGGUUGCCACAGCACUGGCAGUGGAGCCCAUGAAGUUUGUGUACAGGGGGAGGAUAGCAGUGUUUUCUUUGUCUGUGCUGCAUGACGAGAGGAUCGUUGUUGUGGCAGAGCAGAGGCCAGACGCCUCCGAGGAAGACAGCUUCCAGUGGAUGAGCCGCGUCCUUCAGGCCAUAGACAGCAUCCACCAGGUUGGGGUGUACUGCCUGGCUCUGGUGCCUGCCAACACACUUCCCAAGGCUCCCCUGGGCGGCAUUCAUAUAUCUGAGACCAAACAGCGCUUCCUGGAGGGCGCCUUGCACCCCUGCAACGUCCUCAUGUGCCCUCACACAUGUGUCACCAACCUGCCCAAGCCAAGACAAAAACAGCCAGAGGUCGGUCCUGCUUCUAUGAUAGUGGGCAACCUGGUGGCUGGCAAGAGGAUAGCACAGGCCUGUGGGAGAGACGUGGCACAGCUAGAGGACAAUGACCAGGCACGUAAGUUCUUGUACAUACAGGAUGUGCUGCAAUGGAGAGCUCAGGCCACUCCAGACCACCCUCUGUUCCUUGUUCUCAAUGCUAAGGGCACGGUGGCUAGUACAGCCUCCUGUCUGCAGCUGCACAAACGGGCAGAGCGGGUGGCUACAGCACUGAUGGGUCGCCUCAACACUGGAGACCACGUGGCACUCGUCUACCCACCAGGAAUCGACCUGAUUGCUACCUUCUACGGCUGCCUGUAUGCUGGCUGUGUGCCAGUCACUGUCAGACCCCCGCAUCCCCAGAACCUGGCGACCACCCUGCCCACCGUUAAGAUGAUUGUUGAGGUCAGUAAGUCGGUGUGUAUCCUGACCACUCAAGCAAUAAUGAAGCUCCUGAAAUCCAAAGAGGCUGCUGCUGCUGUGGACACCAAGAGCUGGCCCAUGGUGCUGGACACAGAUGACCUCCCCAGGAAGAAGAGUCCCCAGAUGUACAAGCCCCCGACCCCAGAGAUGUUAGCUUACCUGGACUUCAGCGUGUCCACAACAGGCAUCUUAGCAGGAGUCAAAAUGUCUCACGCUGCCACCAGUGCCUUGUGUCGCUCCAUCAAACUGCAGUGUGAGCUCUACCCUUCCCGGCAGAUCGCCAUCUGUCUUGACCCCUACUGCGGCCUGGGCUUCGCUCUCUGGUGCCUGUGCAGUGUGUACUCAGGCCACCAGUCGAUCCUGGUUCCCCCUCUGGAGCUGGAGAGCAACGCGUCUCUGUGGCUUGCGGCAGUCAGCCAGUACAAAGUGCGCGUCACCUUCUGCUCGUAUUCAGUCAUGGAGAUGUGCACCAAGGGCUUGGGUUCACAGACCGAGGCACUGCGGUUGCGAAAUGUGAACCUGUCUUGCGUGCGUACGUGCAUGGUGGUAGCAGAGGAGAGGCCCCGCAUAGCACUCACUCAGUCCUUCUCAAAGAUCUUUAAGGACUUGGGGCUUUCAUCUCGCGCCGUCAGCACCACCUUCGGCUGUAGGGUGAAUGUGGCGAUAUGUUUGCAGCCCAACAGGUUAGGGAAACUGGCUGAGCAGGGCACAGCCGGACCAGACCCUACUACUGUUUAUGUGGACAUGAGAGCUCUACGGCAUGAUAGGGUUCGCCUGGUAGAGAGAGGGUCGCCACACAGCUUGCCACUGAUGGAGUCUGGGAAGAUCCUUCCAGGAGUGAAGGUGAUCAUUGCCAACACAGAAACUAAAGGACCCUUGGGAGACUCCCAUCUAGGAGAGGUCUGGGUGAGCAGUCCUCACAAUGCCACAGGCUACUACACAGUUUACGGUGAGGAGGCGCUGCAUGCUGACCACUUCAACACCAAGCUCAGCUUCGGCGACACCCAAACUGUCUGGGCGAGGACGGGCUACCUGGGCUUCCUGCGGCGCACAGACCUGACUGAUGCCAGUGGAGAGCGCCAUGACGCCCUCUAUGUAGUGGGCUCCCUUGAUGAGACUCUGGAGCUGAGGGGAAUGAGGUAUCACCCAAUUGACAUCGAGACCUCUGUUAUCCGUUCUCACAAGAGCAUAGCUGAAUGUGCGGUGUUCACUUGGACCAACCUGCUGGUGGUGGUUGUGGAGCUGGAGGGCUCGGAGCAGGAAGCCCUGGACCUGGUGGCCCUGGUCACCAACGUGGUGCUGGAGGAGCACUACCUCAUCGUAGGGGUGGUGGUGGUGGUCGACCCCGGCGUCAUCCCCAUCAACUCCAGAGGGGAGAAGCAACGCAUGCACCUCAGAGACGGAUUCCUGGCCGACCAGCUGGACCCCAUAUAUGUGGCUUACAACAUGUGAGCGCUCCCCUCCACAUGGUUUAUCACACAACAGGGGGCAGCAGGACAGUCAAUGUGAGGCUCAUAAUUGUAGCAGGCCCGGGGUCAGUGUUGCUUCCGUUGAAAUAAAGCGAACUCUUCUUUCAGCUCACAGAGGGGAAAUAUGAAAGAAACAUGGAUGCAAAAUUUCACAGCAAAAUGGAGAGAAAAUUCCAAGAGAAAUCAAAUCGACACAAACCUCAUGUCUGUUUCUCCCUGGGAUAUCUUGCCUCAACAAAUAAUCUUUUAAAGGUGUUUUGGUUUUUUUGAAGAGAAUUUUUAAUGUAUGAUAGAGCGUCUGACUACUUAAACCCAGGACACCCAAUAGCAGUACAGCAGGUGGUUAAGGUAAAAUACUACACUGUGCCAUUAACAUAAUUUACUUUGUCAAUCUCCAAUAUCAUGAAUGUUAGUUGUGUUUGCCAUACACUUGUGCCAUAGAACAGGACUGACGCCAGUACCCCAACCCUGGUUCAAACUAGCUCUAAUAUGUUUUGUGUUCACAGAGCCUCCUGUGCAGUUGCAGAUCUGACCAGCUUUUCAUAAAAAAAUUGUCUAUCCCACCUACAUUUUCACUACAUCUGUAGGAGCAGCUCUCCUGAUAAGACUGCACCAUAAUGUGAACACUGAUUUUCGUGUUCCAACUCAGUUCAGAUCAGGUUAUUGCAUCAACAAAGAAGCACACAGCAGUGGUGUCGGAGGGGCAGUUAGUGUUAUUCGUUGCUCAUUCCAGCAGUAGUCCUUUUAGUUUGUGGUGUCAGUAACAGAACGCGUAGAAAAUAGAAAUAGAUUUUGUGUGACUCAAUCUCAUUCUUUUCUAAAUCUAAAAUGUGUAAUAUAGUUAUUUUAUCUGAACAAAAUGCAAUAUGAGUGACGUGAAAGCUGUUGCUUUGAAUGACUGCAGAAAGUAAGUGCCGAUCAUUCGAAGUCAUGAGAUGGCGAGGAAUAUAAUGGUUGCUUACUAUUGGCAACGUGCCAAAUAAUGAUAUGAAUUAAGCCUUAAGUGUUUGCCUGUUCCUAUCCCAGCUCUUGUUUAACUCAAUUUUGUGACGUUUAUCAGCUGUUGGAUAGGGAGGGAAUAUGCAGAGGGAGGUUAGGUAUGGUUAAUCCUGCUCUUAUUGCACCCAAUCUUUCAUCUUUUUGGCUAAGAUGAAUAUACUUGAUCAUAACAUCAGCCAUUACAAACACACUCUUACUCCAAUAACAUUUUAUUGUCUGUCCCUAUUGUCAGUUGUGUUGAAUGUGUGUUUUAAAGCAAAAGACUGGAAGAAAUUGCAGUUGGUAUGGUUUUGAUGCAGAAUGUCAUAGCCUUGUUUUGAGUGCCAUAAGGUUGAAUGCGAGUUGAACAAUGUUGUGAGUUGCAUGUACUGUAUGAAGGCAAGUGUCUAAUAUGCUCGUAACACCUUGACCUCCCACCUUAUUACAUUGACUUUGUAAAGAUGCACUUCACUGUAUGUUGCUUCUUUUUUCUAUGUGUGCAUCCCUUCAGAAACAGGCUCCAGCCUGCUGUAAGUAUGUACAGGUUUGGUGUAAAUUAUUAAUAGGUAGAGGAGACGAAAUGAAGCAUAACACAAAGACUGAAUCUGGUAUAUAUGUGAACUUCUCCCCCACAAACAAAGAUUAUUUGAAAUAUAUUCUCAUGUGUGGACAUUGGGAAGAGACAUGAAAAGCCUUCUAAACGUUUUAUAAUAUGAAAGAAUAGUGGGAACUGGCCACUUCCAGGAUGAGACGAAGCACACUCCGAGCACAUGGAGAAGACGGUUAUGUUCUGGUGACAGCUGAGAUCCUCCAGAGCAAACUUUUGUUGUUAACAUAAUGGAAAAAUACAUUUGUCUGAUAUAUGGUUAGUUGUCAUUAUUUUCAUAACAUGAUUUCUUAAUGAAUAAAAAAGUGCUUUUAACUUGAAA